AUGAUUGCUUUUCCGAGACUCCAAACCAUCCUACUCGUUAUAGCUCUUAUCAUUACUCUCCAUCCAGCCCCAGCGGCGAGUGCUGCGAAGCCGGCACCCGCAACAUGUGACAUAUAUUUCUUCCCCAGCGCUACUGCAGACAAAUAUAUGUGCAGAACCACGGCAGUCGACAGUAAAGGAAAGCACCAGAAUUUAAAGUGCACGCUUUCCAAAUGCACAAUCAAGGCAGGUUCCUGGGAAAGUUUUGCCUUCGAAAAUUGUUUGCUUUAUGCCGAUAAUGACAAAACCAAACAACCAGUUGUCGGAGCUAAACCAGAAACUGUAAAGGCAGUACAAUAUCAUGUAAUUGUUGACCCAAAAGAGACCUAUCUUCAGGUCUUUGGUCGGUCCAAUGGAAAAUGGUACAAAUGCCCUGUUGACCCUAAAAAGCCAGAUGCUAUCAAUUCUCAAAGAGCCAUCUGCACUGACUGUGCAGUCAAUUGAGAUGUUGGUGGGUGACUCUAGGGUAAAGCAUUUCAGUUUGGGAAAGAAAUUCUGGAAUGUGAUCAACCCAAUUUGAUUUCAUCCUUUUUGCAGUUGGAUUCUGUAUUAGACAGAAAGAUUACCAUAUCAAAACAAUCUCUCUACCUCAAAAUUUUGUACAUACAUGCACAGAGAGAUUCUUUUUUUCUUUUUUUUUUCAUUGCCUAACCAUGAUGGAUAUUUUCACAUUGUCAAAGAAGUUUUUCUCUAUUCCAGUUUCUUGUACAUCAAUGUGACAAAAGUCUCUCUUCUAAAUGUAUUUUUUUUUUUCCUUUUCAUUCCUCAUUCCCCAUUUUCUUGUAUGAAUUUCUUAAAUGUUGAUUUGCAAAUAAGAUCUCCUCAAUAUUACCAUCGGGCAGCAAUAGAAAGAGCUUGCCACAAUGGAUUUUAU